GCGCUGCCGGUCGCGGUUUGGUGGUCGUACAGGACUGUUUACCGGUGGAGUCGUAUCUCCCGCCAUUUUUUUUCCUCCCCAAUUUGACGUUCUGUUAUUUGUACUUUUGUAACAGAUACAUCUUACGACCAUCUUGGAAAGGUCAGAAGUAUUUGCUGUUGGGUUUUUUCCCCCCUUCCUUUCUUGUUAACGGUAGAAAAGAACUAGAGCAUUCGGCACACAGAGAGGACCGCAGUGCAUGCUGGGAGAUUUUUUAGAAAGCGCGCCAUAGUGAGAUCCUUGUGCCGGGCGGCUUGGCUGUCUGAGACUCGGAUAUAAAACCGUCUCUUUUCCAUUCCAGGUUUUGGUGAAGUUUAUUUUGAGCGCCGUUUUCUUCCGCUUUUAAAUCUGUUGGAUGUUUACGAGCUGUGCUCCGGCUGGGUGCUUGAAUCUGAAGAGAACCCGUUGCUAAUCUCAGCGCGUCGUAGUUUAUUGUUAUUUAGCCGAGGCUAAGUGAAGCUAAGCUAACUCGAGCCUAGCUUUGAUGCUAGCUAGGCGUUAAAUGUCGAGGAAAAGCGCGUUGUGUGACUUCUGUCUCGAUUCCCGGAAUACAUGGUUGUACUGGGGUUCGUUUUAACCUAAAAGCUCUACACGACGCCGAAGUUUUAUUUGUGAAAAGCAGUCGUAAUGGCGCCGCUGCUGGGCCGGAAGCCAUACCCGCUUGCUAAGCCGCCAGCCGAGCCGCCGGGCCCGGGAGAGCAGCUCUACAUCAUCCCGCACACCAAGGAGGCCUUCAUCAACAAAGAGGAGUAUGAGGCCCGAAUGCAGAAAUACAGUGAACGGAUCUGGACAUGCAAAAGCACCGGCAGCAACCAGCUCACUCACCUGGAGGCCUGGGAGGAGGAACAGGAGGUCACUGAGCUGCUGCAGGAGGAAUACCCUGUGUGGUUUGAGAAGCCAGUUUUGGAAAUUGUACAUCAUAACACAGUGUCUCUGGACAAACUAGUAGAUCUAUCCUGGGUGGAGAUCCUCACUAAAUAUGCUGUAGAUGAGGAGUGUGACUUCCUGGUUGGAAAGGAUAAAAGUUUGCGAGUGAAGGUGGUGAAAAUUCAUCCUUUGGAAAAGGUUCAGGAGGACCAGACUCAGAAGAAGAUGGAAGGUGCUUGUGACUCUCCCUCCAGUGACAAGGAGAAUGCCAGCCAGGAAAACCAAAAGAAGGAGCAGCCCAAAGAAGAGGAGAACAAUCGACGAGAGAGUCUUUGUGAUCGUGCACGUCGAUCCCCCAGGAAACUCCCCACCACUAUGAAGGAGGAGAAGAAGAAAUGGGUCAUGCCUAAGUUUCUGCCCCACAAAUAUGAUGUGAAGCUCCUCGAUGAGGAUAAGGUUAUCAGUGACGUCCCUGCUGACAGCCUCUUCAGAACAGAGCGACCUCCCAAUAAAGAGAUCAUGCGCUACUUCAUCAGACAUUACGCUCUCAGGCUUGGCACGGGAGAGAGCGCCCCCUGGGUGGUAGAGGACGAACUGGUCAAAAAAUUCAACCUACCCAGCAAAUUCAGUGACUUUCUUUUAGAUCCACAUAAGUUCUUAGCAGAAAAUCCCUCAUCGAAGAGAAAGAGCCUCAGCUCAUCGGAAGGAAAACUCAACAAGAAGCUCAAGCUUCAGGGCUCCGAGUCAGGGGUGGACGCAAAUGGUGUAAAUGAAAAAGGAGAGAAGGAGAAAAAGCGGAAGAAAAAGCAAGAUUCGCAAAACAUGCCUCUGAGCCCAACUCUCUGGGCAAACAUGCAGGUGAAGAACUUGAAUGGCUCUCCACUGAAGGUAAAGAAUUCAGGAACACUCAAGAAAUCCGAGAACAAGAAACCUUCUGACACCAAGAAGAAUCACAAGAGCAGUGGAACCAAAACACCCAACAACCAGAGAGCCUCAAAAAAAGACGAAAAGACCUCUAAGAAGCCCAGAAUGAAACAAAUGACCCUGCUAGAUCUAGCGAAGAGUCCCACUGCUGCAGGCAGUCCUAAAAAGAGAGCACGGAGUACCGGGCCUGGGACCCCAAAGCUGGGUAAACCUCUGCCUCCUAUGGCUCUUCAUCUGCUACGGUUUUAUAAAGAAAACAAGGGCAAAGAGGACAAGAAGAGCACACUAUCGUCGUUGGUGAGCAGGGCAGCAAAAACCUUAUCGGCAGAGGACCGCGGGCGCCUCCCUGACGAACUGAAGGAGAUGGUACAGAAGCGCUGGGAGCGGCUGGAGGAGAAGCGGCGCUGGGCUCUCAUGAGUGAGGAGGAGCGACAGGAAGCAAUGCGAAAGAAGCGGGAGGAGUUGAAAGAGAAGCUACGGGAGAAGGCAAAGGAGCGACGCGAGAAGGAAUUGCAGCUGAGGCGUGAGCAGCAGCGACGUUUCGAGGACCAGGAGCUCACAGGCAAGAGCCUGCCCACAUUCCGGCUGGUGGACAUGCCCGAGGGCCUGCCCAACGCUCUGUUUGGUGACACCGCCAUGGUUGCGGACUUCCUCAGCUGCUACGCUGAUCUGCUGUUGCCUGACAAGCAGUACCCAAUCACAGCGCAGUCACUUAUGGAGGCACUGGCAGGCGACAAGGGAGGCUUUCUGUACCUGAAUCGUGUGCUGGUUGUGCUGCUACAGACCCUGCUGCAGGAUGAGCUGGCUGAGGCCUAUAGUGAGCUGGACAUGGCUCUUUCUGAAAUCCCCUUGACAAUGCACUCUGCAUCAGAGCUGGCUCGCCUGUGCCUACGCCCAACUGACGUGCAGGGCAGCGAGAGCGCCCGCGACUCUGACGACUGGCAUGGCGGCGGCUGCUACGACGACGUCUUGAGUGCCGAGCUCCUGGAACGGCUCGAGACAACCGAGGUGUUUGAGCUAGCACCGGCGGAGAAGGUGAGUCUGUUGGUGGCUCUGUGCCAUCGCAUCCUUAUGACCUACUCCGUUGAGGACCACGUGGAAUCGGCACAUCAGCGCUCUUCAGAGCUCUGGAAGGAACGCAUUGCCACACUCAAGGAGGCCAAUGUGCGCCUUCGGGCUGAAAAGCAAAAGCGUAAGGAACAGAUGGAGUCCAAGACCCAGGACGUGCCUGGUAAAAAAGAGAAGAAGAAGGAGACAAAUGGCAAGGAGGACGUACCCAAAGUCAAGGCGGAGCCAGAAGACAUGAUCAGCACGGUGAAAAGCCGCAGGAUGUUGGCCAUACAGGCCAAACAGGAGAAGGAGGAGCUUGAACGUCAGAAAAAAGAACGCAUGGAGGAGGAGCGGAUCAGGAAACAGAGGGCUGCAGUAGAGCGUGCGUUCCACGAGGGCCUCACUAAGGCCAAGCUGGUGAUGAGGAGAGUGCCACUCGGCACUGACCGCAACCACAACCGGUAUUGGCUGUUCUCUGAUGUCGUUCCUGGGCUUUACAUAGAAAAAGGCUGGGUGCAUGAGAGCAUCGAUUACAAUUUCAGUCUUCCACCUGAGCAGACACAGGUGGAAGAGGAAGAAGAGGAGGAAGAGGAGGAGACAGAGGAUGUAGAGAGAGAUGAUGAGGCAAGUAUAGCCAGCGCUACUAAUGAGAGUGGCCAGCAGGGGGCUCCAACUCCAGAGACUUGCAUAGAGACAACUGUGCCCAAGUUGGGUCAAAACCUCUGGUUUGUGUGUGACACUCAGAAAGAUUUGGAUGAGCUUAUAGAAAGCCUUCACUCACAAGGUGUGCGAGAAAGCGAACUGAAACUGCAACUGGAAGUCAAGUACCAGGAUAUCAUGCACUCCAUCCACCUGAGCCGGAAGGCGCACGUGGGCCUGCGCACCUGUGACGGCCACCAGGAGCUCCUCAAAUACUUGCGCAGUGACAUCGUCGAGGUCUCUUCGCGUCUGGAGAAAGGUGGACUUGGCUUAAUGGAAGAGACAGCCGUCUUCGAAGAGCGGGUGCGACACCUGGAAAACCUGAAAGAUUUUGGUGAAUGCGUGAUCACAUUGCAGGAGUGUGUGGUUAAGAAGUUUCUGCAGGGCUUCAUGGCUCCCAAACAGAAGAAAAAGAAGAAGCAGCCAGGUGAAGAGACUGGAAAGACUGAGGAAGUGGACGAGGAGAAGAAACUGGCUGAGGAAGCUAGGGUGGCAACUGCUGUGGAGAAGUGGAAGUCUGCCAUACGUGAGGCUCAGACCUUCUCACGCAUGCACGUGCUCCUGGGAAUGCUCGACGCAUGCAUCAAGUGGGACAUGUCAGCGGAGAAUGCUCGCUGCAAAGUGUGCCGCAAAAAAGUAGGAGAUGAUGAUGAUAAGUUAAUCCUGUGUGAUGAGUGCAACAAAGCCUUCCACCUCUUCUGCCUGAGGCCAGCACUUUAUCGUAUACCUGAAGGGGAGUGGUUGUGCCCAGCCUGCCAACCAACCAUCGCCCGCCGCUGCUCGCGUGGAAGAAACUAUAACCAAGACACGGAGGACGAAGAGGAUGAAGAGGAGGAAGAAGAGGAUGAGACGGAAGAGGAUGAAUCUGAGGACGAAGAGUAUAGGGAUACAGGGCACAGCUUGAGGCCGAGGAAGAAGAUGAAAUCGUUUUUGAGGCCCAAAGUCCAGAGCAAGUCAUCAUCCAAAAAACAUUCGCCACCAAGUGCCAAAUCUGGAUCCAAGUCUAAAAGUGCUGCCAAAUCACGGCCAUGCAACCCUGCAGACAUUGAUGAACUGGUGCGUCAGAGCUCCAGGACAGGAGGAAACAAGCAAGCACAAGAGCUUGAGAAGUGUGAGGAGAUCCUCCAAAAAUUGAUUAAAUUCCGCUAUAGCUGGCCCUUCAGAGAGCCGGUGUCAGCAGAGGAAGCCGAAGACUACCAGGACAUCAUCAGCACUCCCAUGGACUUCAGCACCAUGCAGAGCAAGUUCAAGUCCUCGCAGUACCGCAGCCCGCAAGACUUUGUCGAAGACAUGAAGCUGGUUUUCAGUAACGCUGAAGAAUACAACCAGCCGGGUAGCACCGUGCUGCAGUGCAUGAGCCGCACCGAGCAAACGUUCACUGAGCUGCUUCACAAGAUCCUGCCCGGGGUUACCUACCUGCGCCGCAAAGCACGAAAACGCAGCACUCCCCACCAAGACGAUGACGAGGACGACGAGGAAGAUGAGAAGAGAGGGAGGAAAAUGCAGAAUGGCAAGCAAGAAAGUUCGGCCUCUAAAGGCCGGGAAGAGAGCAGCAGUCGGUCCGCAAAACACAGCGGCAGACGGUGCAGGCAGGGAGAGAGUGAAAGUGAAGAUGAGGAUGAAGAGGACAGAGUCACAAGGAGGAGCAAACGGACAGCAGCCUUAUCAAGCCGUAAGGACUACCGGGAACAGGAUAGUGACAGUGAGAGAGAGAACAGGAGAACUGGCUUGAGGAAGUCGGGGAGGAGGGCAGGCGACGAUGCGGAGGCAAGCAGCGAUGACGAAUCAAUCGGUCAGCGACAUUCCAAGAGGCAAAAACGCUCACUAUAAAGUCCAGGGUGCGCUUUUUUUUUUUUUGGGUUAAAAUGGAUUCUUAUCCUUCCUUAAUCUUCUACCUCCCUCAGUUCCAAAAGACAAAGUGGGCCCACUCUCUCAGAAACCUCUCAAACUGCCCCAUGUAGAGAUUCUCUUUUCCUGGUUUGUUAGACUUGAUGCUUUAUGUUCAUAUUGAUAAAUACAAAAGGAACUGAUUUAUAUUUGUAAGUUGUUUUAUUACUGAUGUCUUCUUUUUCUUAACCAGGAAAUUUAUGAUCUCUGAUGAGAUCUUUUGUGAGCUCUUAAUGCAAUUUUCAUUUAAAUUUUGGCCUUAAGCCACUUCAUAUAUUUAAAAAAAAAAGUCAUUGGGGUAACUUGAUAUCUGUCCAUGUCUCAUUUUGAUGUCAGAAUGUCUCACAGAGCUGCUCUUUCGAGUUGCAGAAGUACCAGGCAGGUUGCCUGUGACUGAAUAUUAGUGUCCUAGAUAUUAUUUUUUUUUUAAAGAAAAUAAAUAAAAUGAUGCACUAGAAUUGGAACUCCAGCUGUGCUUGUGGUGUACCGAUACUGCGCACUAUUUUUUGGGGGAUAACCAGCACCAACAUAAUUAUUUGGAAUUUGUAUUCAUUUCAUUUUUCAGAUUAAGUACAUAUGAAUAAAGCAUUUUUCUGGAUCUCAAAUCAUGUCUGCUGGAUUCAACUUUAUUUCUGUAAAUUAAGUUUAUAACAUAAAACCACUACUGGUUGUUGGAAAACUAUGACAAAUUUAAAAAGGUCAAUACAAGCAGUUCAAUUCAAGUAUUGACUUAAAAUUAAGGCUUGAUCUUAGUGUUGGUGCACCUUGUGCUCUCUGGAUUUCCUAAACGAUUUGUAGGGUUCUCUUUUUAUCUACACUUAAUCCUUGCAGAGGAACACUUUUUUUUUCUCCCCCCCCAAAAGUGUGUUCUGUAUUUGAGAUCAACACCGCCACGGUCUGCUUUGUGGUUUUUGUUCCUCUCCCCGUAUCAUUUUCAAAGAUCGGUGACAAAUCUGUACCAAGUGAUUGGCGUGCAAGAGGGUCAGUGUUGUCCUGAACUUGUUUAUUACCUUUUGAUAUCUUUAUUUUUUUUAUCAUUAAAGUUGCUCUGUAUUCUCUUUA